UUCGCGCCACCUCUCUGGCUAGGGCCUUAAGGCUGAGGGGACGAUUCGCACUUUGAUCGUUUUAAUAAAGCGUAGAAGAAAGUAUAUUCUAAACAACAACAUCCACUUUUAGCUAUUCUUUUUACAAGUGGCAAAGGGUCAGAGUAAGAAUGCCCUCCAGAAAGUAUGAUAUUGGAGAUACUGUGAUGGGCCGUUGGCCUGGGAGCAGUCUAUACUAUGAAGUAAAAGUGAAAGCUUUCAACCCUUCUACUCAGCUUUACACUGUAAAGUAUGUUGAUGGCACAGAACUUGAACUUAAGGAAGCAGACAUUAAGAGAUCCCAAUUUUUCAAGUCAAAGAGAGAGAGUUCACGAUCAAAGUCUCCAUCUCGUAGACGCAGCCGAUCACGAUCUCCUGGAAGGCCAGUACGUCGUUCCACUUCACGUGGUAGAGACCCAAACAAAGAAAAAGAAUCUAAGAUAUAUGAUGUCCUAGAAGUUAAAUUGUCUCCUCUGCCAAAAUCUGUCAUAAACAAUGCAAAUGUUCAGUAUGAAAAGAAGAUUAGUACAAAUAAUGAAGUAAAUUCAGAGGUGUUUCACAAAGUUGAAUUUGGUCAAUAUGAAGAAAAACAGAAGGCAGUAACAGUAACUGCACAGAAUAAGGUUGAGGCUCUACCAGAAGUAGACCGGGCAGAUGUGCGGUACAACCUACGUCCACGAAAAGAAGAUAAUGAGAAAGUAUCUGAAAAUUUUGAGAGAAAAGUGGAAGAAGUCACAGUGAAAUCUGUGAGAAAGUCCAAAACAACUGAACUUGAAUUUGGUGGAAGAAUAGGAGCAUUCAUCAUGAUAUUUGUCCUGCCAGUCAUUGUGUUUCUUCUCCUUGUGACUUGUGCAAAAAAGGAUCCAAGCAUUUCUAAUUUUCCACCUUCCUUGCCUGCAUUCAGUACUUUAUGGGACAGUCAGGUUUUUGGAAUUGUUGGACUCUGGUUUCUUUUACAAGUUUUUCUCCAUCUUUUACCAGUUGGAAAGGUUGUUGAUGGGUUGCCCCUUGAAAGUGGGAAAAAAUUGAAAUACAGAAUUAAUGGGUUUUAUGCAAUAUUGGUGUGUGCAGUAAUGGUGGGAGCAGCCAUCUUCUAUGGAACUGAUUUUACUUACGUACAUGAUCAUUUUCUCCAGUUUGCUUCAUCUGCAUUCAUUUUUUCUGUGUUGCUCAGUCUUUAUCUCUACAUACGAUCACGCUGGGCCUGUAAAGAUGAAUUGGCCCCAAAUGGAAAUUCUGGUAAUUUGUUUUAUGACUUUUUUAUUGGCCGUGAAUUGAACCCUCGUGUAAAAUCCUUGGAUCUUAAAUACUUCUGUGAGCUACGCCCAGGAUUAAUUGGAUGGGUUCUUAUUAAUUUUUCAAUGGCUUUGGCAGAAAUGAAAGAACAAAAUAUCGAAUAUCCUUCAUUGGCAAUGAUACUAGUUAAUGCUUUUCAGCUCAUUUAUGUGUUGGAUGCUCUUUGGAAUGAGGAAGCUAUUUUGACCACUAUGGAUAUUGUUCAUGAUGGAUUUGGAUAUAUGUUGGCCUUUGGUGAUCUAGUUUGGGUUCCAUUUGUUUACAGUUUGCAGGCUUACUAUUUGGUCAGUCAUCCUAAUCAGCUUUCUUGGCUGUUUGGUGCAAUAAUCAUCAUUCUUAAUGGUAUUGGAUAUUUAAUUUUUCGGAAAGCCAAUUCCCAGAAAAAUUUAUUCAGAAGAAAUCCACAUGAUUCUAGGGUGGCACAUUUGAAGACUAUAUCCACUGCAACUGGGAAAAGCCUUUUAGUGUCUGGAAUGUGGGGAUUUGUCCGUCAUCCUAACUAUUUAGGUGACAUUAUUAUGGCAUUUGCUUGGUCAUUACCUUGUGGUUUCAGCCACAUUCUUCCAUACUUUUAUGUCUUAUACUUCACUUGCCUACUUAUUCACCGGGAAGCCCGCGAUGAACACCAGUGCAGGAAGAAAUAUGGAUCGGCGUGGGACGAAUACUGCCGUCAAGUUCGGUACCGUAUCAUCCCUGGCAUCUACUAGAGAACCACCUUAAAAGCAAAUAUAGUACUUCCAAAUGCUGUUUUCUCAUUUAAUUUUUCAAAACCAUAAUUCAGUUUGUUUUAGCAAAAGAAACAAGCUAAAAAUUUAUAUUUUGUGCUACUGAAAACCACUUUGACAAUUGUGUGUAAUUCUGAGAGUCAUUUGAGCUUAGGCAGCUUGGCUAAAAUGAAUUUAUACUCAAGAGCUACUUAGCAAAGCUUCUUUCCAGAUUGAUUUACAAAUAAAUUACGUAAAUAGCAAAAAAGGACUGUUUAAUCACACUGUAUAUUUAGAUGUAUAUAAGUAUAUGUAUGUGUGUGAGUGCGCGCGUAUACGCUUUUUCCAAAGUGGCUUUAGAGCUAUUGCUCUGCUAAGGAAAUUGUUAACAAUGGAACAUGCAGUGCAUCGAUCUGUGUGACCUGCAUUGCUUGCACUUUGUUGCAAUGAUAAAAUAUUGUAAAUGUAAUCUUUGAUUUAUUGUAAUGAAUUGUGUGUAUAGAUUUUCAUUGUAAUGCUUAUGAUCGCUCAGGACACAGAUUUUAAAACUACAGUUCACUUAAAAUAACAAUUUACAGUUUUUCUGUACAUAUUUGUAAUAUAUGAUAUGGUGCAUGGUUUUAACUUGUGGUAGUAAAAUACUAUAUUAUAUUUUAGUCUAAUUUGUUGCUUUCUAAAUAUUAAAAAAAAAAAAAAACUUUACCUUUAUAAUUCAUUUUACCAAGUAAAUUGGGCAGCAAAAGUUGUUAGUGGCAAAUUUCAGCCCAGAUUAAGUUCUGUGUUUCUUAAAAAGAAAACUAAAGUUUUUAAAAUGUCUCACGGCUUUCUAGUAUAAAUCCCACACAUUUGUGAACCAUGUUCAAACUAUAUAUUUGUAUAAACAAUGCUUUAAUUUCCACAUGAACGUCACAUCUUCACAGUAGCCUAUAGCUUUUUCUUUUUCUUUUUUUCCUCUCACGAAAUCUGUUUCCUGUGUGUUUUCAUGUUGAAUUAUAGCAUUCUAGGCAAAAUGUGUCAUACAAAAAAUUGUAGUUAAUACAUAAUUCAAAUGAAUUGAUGACUAGCUUUGUAAAUGUAUUCAUGUGACUGAAGAAACUGUAAAUAAUGUAUCCCAUCUUAAAUGUGAAGUUUUAUCAGGUUGUUUUUUCCCCUUCAUUUUAGAGUAGUUUUAUUUCCUAUAACAAGUUCUUCCAAUCCCCCAACCCCCCUCAUCCCCCAGGGUUUUACAGUUCUUUUACUUUUUAAUAUUUUUGUUUCUUGAGUGACCAUAAUUAAGUCUACAUAAAUAUUUGAAUCCAAGUUUUCAUGAUAUGAAGUAGCUUGUGCUUUGCUGCACACUGGGUGCAGUUAUAUAAAUGCAGACUGUAACUAUUUUUAUAUUUUGUUACAAAUAAACAUUUACAAAAAGA